UUCAUUCUUUGUUGAAUGACGUUAAAUUUUAUUCAUUCAACUCAUUCAUUGACUGCCUGAGCGUGAGCUUGUUGAAGGGCACGAUUGUUUUGCAUUGUCUUUAAUAUGCACUUAUGUGGUCUUAAUCUAUUAGCUAACUGAAAAUAGGAUAUAAUAUUAUGCUGUGGUAUUAAGAGACGGUUUUUAUUUAUUUAGUGUAAUUCGUAAGAUAUUUAGGUAAGCAACCACAAUGGCGGUGCUAGCGGCUGCUCAGCUGCUCGAUGAGUUGAUGGGCAGACACCGGAAUACAAAUCCUAACGAGAAGAUCAAGAAACCUAACUGGGAAGAUCCAGAGUACUGUAAAUAUUAUAUGGUAAAGUUCUGUCCACAUGACUUGUUUGUGAACACUAGAGCUGACUUGGGUGCUUGUCCAAAAGUACAUGAUGACGAAGUGAAAGAACUUUUUGAGAAGGCAGAGUCUUCUUAUAAGAAAGCACAGUAUGUUGAAGAAUUCCUUCGGUUCUGUCGUCAUAUGAUCAAUGAUGUUGAGAGAAAAAUUCAAAAAGGUAAACAAAGGUUGGAGCUUAUGAAUUCUAAGCCUGAUGGGCCUCCUAUGACUCAAGCCCAGACCGAGAAAAACCAGGAACAGGUGCAAUUACUAUCAGAAAAAAUAACAUCACUGGUACAAGAAGCUGAGGAAGCCGGAACUCGAGGAGAUGUGGAGCAGGCACAAGGCCUCAUGAAGCUCUGUGAUAGACUGAAAGAAGAGAAAGAACAACUCUUGAAACAGCAAGAGAACAGUCAUUGGUCUAUGACGGCUGAGUUGGCAGCUGCACAAGAAAAACAGAUGGAAGUGUGUCCGGUGUGUGGUGCAUUCCUUAUCGUUGGGGACGCACAACAGCGUAUUGACGACCAUUUGUCUGGGAAACAACAUGUUGGUUACUUCAAACUGCGGCAAGCCUACGAAGAGAUGAAUGAAGCGCGGGAGAAGGAACAACAAGAGAAAGAGAGAAAACGUCGUGAAGAGAGGGAAAAAGAACGUAGCUCUCGUAGCGGUGGACUUGGGUCGGAUCGACGUGAUAGAGAACGAAUGGAACGCGACCGGGAACGAGACAGAGAUAGGAGUGAAAGAGGGGAUCGUAGCGAUCGUGGCGACCGUAGUGAUCGUGGGGAUCGCGGUGAACGCGGGGAACGUGGGGAACGUGAACGCGGGGAACGUGGGGAACGUGAACGUGGUGACCGUGAGCGAGAUAGGGAGAAUAACGACAGGAAGGAACGCGAGAAGGAUCCAAAGGAGAGGGAAAAGGAUAGGGAGCGUGAAAAAGAGAGAGAACUACGGGAACGUCAUAGAUCAAGUCGAGAAAAGACCAACCGUCAUGAGGACCGUGAGCGGGAACGAGAGAGGGAUCGUGAGAAGGAUCGGGAGAGGGAGCGGGAUCGCGAACGCAAGCAUCGCAAGGAGAGAAGAUCCCCUCACGAGCGCUCGCGGCGACGUUCACGCGAACGCCACUAGCUAAUGACUGAGGUAUCACAAAUGCGCCUGAAAUCGGUAAGUAUACAGCACUACGCCUCAACAUCUACCAAUGCGUAGUAUCCAGGUACCUGCAUCAAUGACACAUACCCCAUACCAUGUCACUACAUUUUUGACAUCAGAUAACCAAUAAACUAACAUUUUAUCAACCCACCCACACUGACACUACUCAAUCCUCUCCCCAAGUUGAGACAAUUACAAGUAAUAAAGUGAACACUGUUGUUUUACAGCUUAUAUGUAGCAUACCAAAAUAUUACUUCGGUAUAUGGCAAACAUAUGGGGAGUAAAGACACCCAUUGCACUCUCGAUUCGAUAGUUGUCGUCACACCGACGGACUUGGCAGGUAUUUGAUUGGUAUUUUGAUAGUUGCCGAGAGCCAACAAUGGGAGAAGACUUAUUUGUUGAUCGCCUUGCAUUUUCUGACAUCUAAUAUGUAUGUUGGUUGUUAGAGUAACUACAAAGGCGAUCUUCCAAUAAGGUCCAUUCAGACGAGCAGUCCGCUUCGACGUCGUUUUGAGGUAUUUCACCAUGUUAUGUUUCGUCGUCGUCAUUUGUCGCCAGUUGACUCGGGCCGAACGCAGGUAUUUGUUAGGACACGCGUUCUUCUGAAUAAGGCUUUGAUGGGAAGGUGUUAACACCAUUAGUUUGGAAAUGUUUUUAAUUUUUAUCGUGUCUGUGAUAAUGUAGGUUAUAAAAAAAUAUUUUUAAUGUAAAGUACUUUACCUCUUUUCGUUGCAUUGCAAUCACAUUAUGAACAAUGCUAUGCUACGAAGACUUUUCUGGAGCUUAGAUAUUGGUGCUCUAAAUAUCACAUUAUGGAUGCUGUUAGCACAUCAUCUACUGUGUAUUUCCAGGUACCCAAAAUAUUGUUUGAUGUGGCAUCAAGUUUCAUAGAUUCUCAUCCAUUUUUUAUUUACCUUUCAAUUUUAUUAUUUUAUGGAACAUUUUAAGUUUUGAAACUUUAUGUCAUACUGUUAAUUAACCUAAACCCCAAUAUCCUAUGUGGAAUGAAAUGUCAAUGAUUAUUAAAAUGAAAUACAUCCGAUUAAUUUGUAAAUUAAUGAGCAACUUUUCACUUGGUAGUUUCUUUU